UCUCUUUUCGCAGUGUGCUGAACCUGCAGGUGUGUGUGUGUGUGUGUGUGUGCGUGUGUGUGUGUGUGUGCACCGACUGUCCGCCGAAGCUGUUCUCACUUUGACCACGUUUGGGACCAAAUUUGGAUGUAGCAAAACCGAGGCGACAACUCACACCGUAAGUAGGCUGGCCACAGUUCACCCUGGCUGCGAGGAUGUUGCAGUGAUAAGACAGCAGAGCAGCUUCUCCGCCGGCAUCGUCAGCUGUUGCUCUGUAGCAGAGAGUGGAAGAGUCGCGAGCAACAGCAGAAGACUAAAAAGGCCGAACUAUGCGACGGACUUUCUGCCGGUAACCGUUUUCCACCUCAAGUCGACCGCGGAGCGGAUGCGAGCGGAGGUUGUCAACGAGCCUCUGACUAUUUUCUGCCCUUUUUUGUCGGUGCCGGAGGAGCUGUGCCAAUGGAGAAGGCGACUCCGCCGCCCCAGCCCCAGCCCCAGCUCCAGCUGUCGAUAGCGAAGACUGAAAGUCCAGCGGAGGACAUCUCCGGUCUGACUGACGAGGAGCUGCUCAAGUGGACCAAGGAGGACCUGGUGCGGCGGCUGAGGCGGUCCGAGGCCGACAAGAUGAGCGUGAUUCUGGACCACGGGAAUCUCAUUCGAGAGGUCAAUCGCAGCCUCCAGCUGCACUUGAACGAGAUCAGGGGGCUGAAGGAUAUUAAUCAGAAGCUGCAGGAGGAUAACCGUGAGCUGCGGGACUUGUGCUGCUUCCUGGACGACGACCGCCAGAAAGGCAAGCGUGUAUCCAGGGAGUGGCAGCGCUUGGGACGGUACAGUGCCAGCAUCAUGCGCAAAGAGGUGACCCUCUACCUCCAGAAACUCAAGGAGCUGGAGCUCCGACAGGAGGAGGUAAUCCGGGAGAACCUGGAGCUGAAGGAGCUCUGCCUGCUGCUGGAUGAGGAGAAAGGGGUGGUAGGUGGAGGAGGUGGGGGUGGAGGAAGUGGAGGGGGAGGGAGUGUAGGGCUGGGAGGGUGCCGCAACUCCAUAACCAGCCAGAGUAGUUUGCUGCUGGUGCCCGGGCAGGGCCUCCUGAUGAGAGACGUGGGGGAUGGGAGCAGCACCUCCAGCGCAGGGAGCGCUGACAGCUCCGAUCACCCUCAACAUAAGCAGCCUCACCUGGCUCCAGGGGUGGGUGGGGUUGGUAGCGGUGGGGAAAAAGGGAGCCCCGAGCUUGUGCACAAACCCAGGUGCAGCAGCAUCAGUGGAAUAGGAAGCAUAAGCGGAGUAGACAGGGAGAUGCCCAGCCCUGAGCACCCUGCUGGGCGCCACCGGAGUACAAGCCUGGAGUACCCGUACACCCUGCCCCAGCUCUGCCGGCCCCGCUGCGGCUCCAUAUCCGUGCCUGACCACAGUCGAGCCAUGCGGGGCCUCAGCCCGGAAAAAUACGGGAGGAACGUGGGCCGACGCAGUCCGGAGCAGCACCCCAAGCACCACAGCUCCGACCUCCUCCUGGGCCAGAGGCAGCACUUCCUGGGUCAGGGAGGCAGCGGGGAGCUCUAUCAGAGGCACCACAGGAGCAGCAUAAGCAGUAUUAGCUGCGGGAGCCCCGAGCCCAGGCAGGCACAUUUAGGGGCCUCAGAGCACCAUGAAAAGGGCUGCGUGGUCCAGGGGGGCAGCCCCGAAACUCAUAGGCACCAGUACAGUAUGAGCCCUGACCAUGUGAAGUUUGGCAGCCCUGUGAGAGACGGGCAGAGGAGGCCGGCAGGAGACGAGCUGUCGCCACACCAUCGGAGCAUCUACAAUGGCAUGAAUGCUUUGAUAUCAGCCGGCUGCUGCACCAACAACUGUAGAAAUGUCAAGGUAUGGGACAGCUUUGACGCCUCCUCUUGACCCCGACUUGACCAGAUAGGCUCCACAAACGGAGCAGAGGUGGCAGCGGUGCAGCCCUCCUGCGUCUCUGGCCUUGAUAGACACGAGAGCCAGUGGACGCCAUCCUCCACGACUCCGGAUGGCCCGCCGUCCAUGGCUUCUUCCACGUCUACAGCCCUGAAAACAACAACAUGCCUCCAUGUUUUCAUUUCUACAUAUCGAGAGUUUAUGAGAAGAGGGGGUUUCGGGGGGGGGGGGGAAUGCUAUUAGUACGGUUGGUAAAUCUCGCAAAGACUGCUGCAGCUCAAUGGAUUAGAGUGGAUAUCUCUCCCUUCCAACUGUGACACGGCUACCUCCCGUAGAGCACCCAGAGAAAGGGAGGGAUGCUGGCGAUCAGUGAGAGAAGAUGUAGAGGACAGUACGCUAUUUGUGCUGCUACCCUCUGUUUACAAAUGUACAUCAUUAGCGGAGAAGCACAUCCAUUUAAAUUUCUAUACCCUGCUGUACUAAACCUUUAUUUUCCCACACUUGUCCCUGACUGUCUAACCACUCUCUGCCUCCUCCCCUUCAUCUUCAGAUACCCCUCAUCUUCAGUGUGUAAUAAUGAGACUGGUGUAAUCUAAUGUUCUGUCUCUCAAAUCCAGCCGAUCACAUGAUUGCCGUCGUCUUCAAUGUUCUCAGACAUUUCAACUGAAUUUAAAAACAAACAAAAAGCAUAUUUGUCAAAGAUGUUCUAGCAAAGAAAAGAAAACAGCCUCUUCCUGUGUCUUAAACCGAGAUGGUCAUCAUUACAAGCUGCUGACAGAUGUUCUAGUUCUAUAAGAUGCAAUGUUCAGGUGUACUUUUUCUUUUUUGUAUUAUAUUCUUUGCUCCCUUAAAGCGCCUAUAUAUUGAAGCUGGGGAGAAGAUUAUACGUUUCUCCAUGUUGUUUUUUAAAAGGAAGUAAAGUCCAAGUAAAAAGUAGAUUAUUGGAUUAGUUUUCUAUAUAUCUAUAUAUAAAUAUAAUAUGAUUAUUAUUUUUGACUUACUGGUAUUAGAACUAUUAUAUGAAGAUGCAUAUGAUAUAUAUAUAUAUAUAUAACAAAUAAUAAACAGACUUCUUUAUGUAAAAGUGCAUCGCUUGUUCAGGUUUUAUUUCCGUGUGCUGAAAUGACUCAGGUGAGUGUGUGCUGACCUUUGACCCUGCCACCAAAAGUCACACUGGACACGUGAAGCCGAUUAUAAUGUUAGGAAAGAAAUCUAUUAGUCACAUACAGCAGCAAUGACAAAAGAACGGAGCAGAGUGAGAGUUGUUUCUCAGUUGUUUGGAUAUGUGCAAACCAAUAUGAUAAUAGAGAUUAUUAUGAGUUUAAACAAUCGAGCAAAAACACAUCCUAACCCUCACACGCUGCCAUGUCCCAUCCUGUCAGUUUGGAAACAAUAGGGUCAAACUGGGAGGAAUUUCCUGUUAAGUCGGUGGAACUGUAACAGCCAGCUCCCCUUCCUCUGCACCCGUCACCUUCCCUCACAUCCUGCCCAACAGGCUCAAUCCAGUUGUGCUACAACAUCUGCUACACUACUAAGGAUUUCCGACACCAUUGUGUGUGUGUUUGUGUGUGUGUGAGUAUUUAUGAUUUGAUCAAAGGGUAAAGCUGAACAUGUCAGAACAAAACCAAAAAUGUGCUAUCUCAGCUACAGGACAGCAUAUGCAGGCUUGACUCAAAUAAACUACAGCGGCCAUGUUCACCAUAAUAA